AUGAAUUAUUAAUAAAUAUUACAAAAUGUCUUGCUUAUUAGAAAACUUAGGGAAGUCUUCCCAAGGAAAUCAGUUCUACUAAAAACUUACAUGUUGGGUUGCUUUUAUUUGUUUUAUCAGACAAUCAAAACUGAUAACAAAAAAAAGAGAAUCUACGAAUUUCAGAAUUAAGACCAAUUGUUUUAAGAAACUAAUGUCAACGAAACUUAUUUUAAAUGA